GAUGAACACAAUGAAAACCAAAAAAAAAAUUGAAAGAAUUAAUCAUUAAAAGGAUAAUUAGAGUCAAAUAAAAAAUAAAUAAAGAUAAAAAUAAAAGUACAAUAGCGUUCUCAGCAGACGUGACGACUUUGGCCGGGACGACUAAGGCAAACAGCACCAGCGGCAACGCAGCACCGGCGGUAAUGAUGAAGUUCUGAAGAUGUCUGUUACUGUUACUUUCGCCGUGCCGUCGCCGUCGCCGUCGCAGGAGACUAGAUCAAGCACAAAGUGGGCAAUCUCUGAAAAGCGGGUUUCCUCAUCAUAGAAACGAAUCUCGUGAGAUUCUGGCCAUUUUUUAUCCGUUUUCAGGAUUUCGAUGGUUUCAUUGACAAGCUUUUUGAGCUUGGGGAGUUGAAGGAAAUGAGUAAGGGGAUUUUCCUUGUGGGUUGUGAAGAGGUUUGAUGCGGGAGAGAAGGUUUCUGGACAUGGCAGAUUGAAGCCAAGGCAGAGACUUGGUUUGCGUUUCGUGGGUUUAUGGAAGGCUUAUUCAUUUAGAGUCUUCACUUUCAAUCGGUGAUUGGUUUGGGAAACAUGAACAGAAGAGUCAUCUCCUUCUUCGCCCGCAUAACCCAUGUAUUAUUUUACUCAUAAUAAUAGUAUUUUUAUGUU